AUGGGGUUUAUCUCGGGGGUGGUGAUGGGGUUGGUGGUCGGCGUCGUGAUCAUGGCCGGGUGGAGCCGCGUGAUGCAGCGGCGCAGCAGGAAGCGCGUCGCCAAGGCUGCGGAUAUCAAGGUCCUUGGGUCUCUUGGCAGGGAGGACCUCAAGAAGCUCUGCGGCGACAAUUUUCCCGAGUGGAUAUCCUUCCCACAGUAUGAGCAGGUGAAAUGGCUGAACAAGCAUCUCAGCAAACUUUGGCCUUUUGUUUCACAAGCUGCAACUGCAGUUGUUAAGGAAUCUGUUGAACCACUGCUAGAUGAUUAUCGACCUCCAGGAAUAAAAUCUCUGAAGUUCAACAAAUUCUCUCUUGGAAAUGUCUCGCCAAAGAUCGAAGGCAUCCGUAUCCAAAAUCUUCAGCCAGGCCAAAUCAUAAUGGAUAUAGAUUUCCGUUGGGGUGGUGAUCCAAGCAUAAUCCUUGCUGUUGAUGCUCGAGUUGCAUCACUGCCUAUUCAGCUCAAGGAUCUCCAGGUCUUUACCGUUGUUCGUGUCGUAUUUCAACUAUCAGAAGAGAUUCCUUGCAUCUCUGCUGUUGUUGUUGCUCUCCUCGCAGAGCCAGAGCCUAAAAUACAGUACACAUUGAAGGCUGUUGGGGGUAGUCUGACUGCUAUUCCAGGACUUUCUGAUAUGAUUGAUGAUACUGUCAAUUCAAUUGUCAAUGACAUGCUCCAGUGGCCACACAGGCUUGUUGUUCCACUUGGCGUCAAUGUUGAUACAAGUGAGCUGGAGCUUAAACCUGAGGGAAAACUUUCUGUUACUGUAGUAAAAGCAACAUCUCUGAAGAAUAAGGAGUUGAUUGGUAAAUCUGAUCCCUACGUGACCCUGUAUGUGCGUCCCAUGUUCAAGGUCAAAACAAAAGUCAUAGAUGACAACCUAAAUCCUGAAUGGAAUGAAACAUUUGAACUGAUUGUUGAAGACAAGGAAACCCAAUCUGUCAUUUUUGAGGUUUAUGAUGAAGACAACCUUCAGCAAGACAAGAGGCUAGGUGUGGCUAAAUUAGCAGUGAAUAAUAUUGUGCCCGAGACUCCCAGUGAAAUCACUCUGAAGCUUAUGCAGUCAGUAGAUUCACUUAAGAUUAAAGACUACAGGGAUAGAGGAUCAUUACAUCUUAAGGUCAUGUAUCAUCCAUUUACCAAGGAAGAACAACUGGAAGCCCUGGAGUCGGAAAAGAAAGCAAUAGAGGAGAGAAAGCGGCUGAAGGAGGCUGGGGUAAUUGGCAGCACGAUGGAUGCACUUGGUGGCGCCGCAUCACUAGUUGGUUCAGGUGUUGGAUUUGUGGGCACUGGCGUUGCCGGGGGUGUUGGGCUCGUGGGCUCAGGGCUUGGUGCUGGCGCUGGUCUGGUUGGUUCUGGUAUUGGUGCCGUGGGCAGCGGCCUUGGUAAAGCUGGGAAGUUCAUGGGGAGGACUGUGACAGGGCACUUGGGCAUGUCUCGCAAGAGUGGUAGCAGCUCCACUGUUCCCCAACCUGACCAGCCUUCUGCAUAA